UCAAGACGAGACGAGACGGCACAGUGCCAAAGCAGAGCUACCCGCAGUCGGACGGACGCACGGCAACCAAAUGACUCUCUCAUUCCCGGGAAACGUCCUGCUCCUGGCGGCGGCCCUCGGCGGCUGCCUGGUGUGGUCGCUGCCCAUGACGCCGGAGCAGGAGCAGGAGCUGCGCACGGACGUGCGGCCCAUCACCUACCAGCUGGCGCACGUGGCCAAGAGCGAGGCGGAGUCGGAGUACGUGGGCAGGAUUCCGCCGCACGACGAGCACAGCGUCGAGGAGGAUCCCGAGUUCGCCGUUCAUCUCGUGGAGCAACUGGAAGCGGCCGGCGUGGAGUCCGCCGAUCGGCGGGCAUUGAGCACGCUGAGCUACAAGGAGCUGGUCCGCCUGCUGGCCCUCUGGCACAUCAACCAGGAGCGCAACGUCUACGAGGCCAACGGACCCGACCAGCAGCCCGACCAGGCCAUCGAUGCCCGCUGAGCGAUCCCUGUUCGCCGCAGCCAAAGCCCAGGUCUUGGCCAAAUCGAAUGUGACAAGAGAAUAAGGCUAGCCGAGAUUCGGGGAGUUGUUCCCUGGCAGAUCUAUAUGAUGAUAUGAUAUUCCGAUACGAUACAUGUGUAACUACAAAGGCAAUUGCAAUUUGUUUUUCCUUUUUUUUUCGACAAUUAGUUCUACAACAGCUACAGUAAAAGUGCUUAGGCUCGUAUACAACUGCUAUUAAACGUAACCAUACUAAAAUA